AGCACGCCAUCGAUCGACACGGCACCAUCACAAACGUCCAGAAACCGUAGAACGGCUCUUGGAAUGACAAUCACGCAAUGCUGCCAGCCUCAUGGCGCACAGAGCUAGGCAGACCACAGGGAUGAGGCGGGGCUGUAAGAAUAUAUAUAAGUCCCGUCUCAUUCGAUCUGGACUACGAGUACCAUACACGUAUAUUCGCAUACACACGGUCAGGAUAGAUUCCACAUGCGCCCAUUGAACUCUCAAGUAGCCAACACUUCAAGAGAUUCAAGAUGGUCCCCGGACUCGUUGAAAAUCUACCUACAGCUCCUCACCAAUUCUCCAACAACAACUCCGUCCCCCAGGACAUCUUCCCCGAUGGGAUCCGCACCUCAGGCCAACACCCUCCACUAUACGACCUCCUCGUUCCGUACGACAAGUUCCCAAAGCAGAUCAUAGGACCGACGGUCUGGAAAGCUGAGGACUACACCAAAAACCCAGAGCGCUGGACGUAUGUGUUUAACGAGGAGGAAGUGGCCGAGUUGAGCGAGACAGCGGAUGUAUUCCUGCAGAGUGGCAUACCAUUGACGGGGAUUAGUAAGGACAACUUUCCGCUACCCGGGCUGCAAAGACUGCUCACAACCCUUCGUGACGAUCUCCUCAACGGUAAAGGCUUCAUUCUCUUCAAAGGGUUUCCCGUGAAACUUUGGGGCAAUCGCAAGUCUGCCGUUGCAUACAUGGGCCUCGGCACGUACUUGGGGUACUUUGUCAGUCAGAACGGGCGCGGUCACGUCCUCGGACAUGUCAAAGACCUCGGCGAAGAUGCCUCACAGAUUGACAAAGUGCGCAUCUACCGCACCAACGCGCGCCAAUUCUUCCAUGCCGACGACAGCGAUAUUGUGGGCUUGUUGUGCGUUGCGAAGGCGCUGGAGGGCGGUGAGAGUGACAUUGUGAGCAGCCAUCAUGUGUAUAACACGUUGCGAACGGAGCGCCCAGAUGUGCUAAAGACGCUAACGGAGCCGAUCUGGUACUUUGACCGCAAGGGCGAGACGAGUACGGGUGAAGAGGAGUAUAUCCGCACCAGUGUGUUCUAUCUCGAGGCGCCGGAUCCGGCCAACCCAGCGGCGGAGCGCAGGGUUUACAGUAAAUGGGACCCGUACUAUGUGAGGAGCCUAGCCCGGUUCUCGGACAAGGGCAUUAUUCCGCCGUUAAGUGCAGCGCAGACAGAGGCGUUGCAGGUGUUAGAGGACACAUGUAUGAGGCUGAGCCUGCACAUGGUGCUGGACGUGGGCGACAUCCAAUUUUUGUCAAACGAGCAUGUACUACACUCGAGGACGGAGUAUAAAGACUAUCCGGCGCCGGCACCAAGGAGGCAUCUUAUGCGGCUAUGGUUAAGUACGCCAGAGAGUGAAGGGGGUUGGAGACUCCCAUUCAAGGAUAGUAGAGAGAAGAAGCGUGGCGGUAUCCAGGUGAACAACACAAAACCUGUUGCGCCGGAGGAUGCCGAAUAGAGACCUCAUUUAGUGCAUAUCAAAUUCGAGCUCUAGCUAUGCGUUGUAAAUCUAUGAGGAUUUCGAUUUGCUUUGAGGUUGCUGUUUGAUAGGGUCCGGGAGUAACCACACCAAUGACAUGAAUUUGCAUCGACACUUAAAUGGGAAGAUUGGGGUGAUUGGAAUGAAGAAAGCUCUUGAAGCUUGUAUAGUAUUUUGUGAACAUCAGUCCACCCAGGCGCGACUGUAUUGAAGACAGACUUGAAGAGUGAGUUGCCGCCAGUACUAGGCCAUGUUCCCACUUUCAUCUGUCUGCACUCCCGUAUGAAGCCAAAGUCCUGUACGCGCUCUUUUGAUGGCAAGAUAUCUUGACAUGUUCCGCGAGCGUGAAGUUUUCAACUCACACCGUCAUGCGAAUCAACAUGUAGACUGCCCAGGUUAUGUCAUCUUU